GCAAGCGAGUCAGCGUCAGCGAAGUGACGAGUGAGUGAAUUGAACGGGCCGCCGCCAUUUUAUUGAUUGAUUCUUCUGUGCUUUUAUGCGAAGUUGUUCGCAAUUUCUCUUGGAUAUUACUGAAGAAUAAGACAACUUCAUUAAACACUGAAUCGAUCAAAAUGGCGAACCGCAGACCUCAAAACGGAGGACGACGCCCGGAUUUUAUGCGCAAUGAUCGCAACAAGAACUUCGGUGGUCGAAGCGGAGUGUCGCCAUGGCAGGGAGGCGGCCCAGGAGCUGGUCUCCCAAACCUCCUGCCGUUGGCGGGAGGUUCUACCGAAGCUACCCUGGCCUUGGCUAGCAACAUCAUCAAUUUGCUCCAACCGCGCCAGACCCCCGUACCGUCUCUGUUGGACAUGCCUAUCAGGCGUGAUUUUGGCGCCAAUAUGGGUCGGUAUGAUCGUGGUUACGGGCCCAACAGGAUGGGCAAUCAGGGUAAUUUCCGGCGUUCGGGAAAUUACAAUCGCGCCGGUGAGCGUAUGAACAAUCGUAAACCGUCCAUGCCCAAUGAUGGGCCCAGGCAGCAAAACAAGAACUUCACGAAAAAGGAUGCCGAUUCCAAGGCCAAACCUGUCAAGGAGAGUGACCAGGAAGACAAGAAUAAGUCCGCCACGGAGCAGUCGGAAGGGAAGGAAGAAGAUGAAGACAAGAAGGAGAGUCCUAAGUCCCGGUAUGAUGAGAUCCAUCAGGCACUGCUGAAGUGCCAUAUUUGCAACAAGACCAUGUGGGACGGGCGCUCGUUUGAAAACCAUCUGAAUGGGAGGGCUCACAGCAUAAUGAUGCAGAAGACUGCUGAGAGUUACGCCUUGACCGCUGACACUAUGAGGCAGGAGAUUAAGAUCCGUGAAAUGAAACGCACACGCAAAGCCGGGCAGCAGCCCUCCCGCGACUUCUACUGCGCCAUGUGCGACAUGUACGCGGCAGACGGGCCCAUACACCGCACGACUGUAGGCCACCGCAAGCUGAAGAAGUACCUCCAUCCCACCUGCACUUCCUGCCACAAGGAGAUGCCCACCCGUAUUGAACUUGAUGAGCAUCGCUUGACGGCGGAACAUCUCAAGGUCAUGCAGGAGAAGCAAGAAGUUAUCUCCAAGCCCAAACCUGAAGUGAUGGUGAUCUCGACGCUGUCGAUGGAGCAGAUGUACCUGCGCGACGACCGCCAGCGCUGGCGCCGCGGCGACCACCACGACGACAGGAGAAACAAGGAUAAAGAUGACAAGGACCAAGAUGAAGAGAAGAAGGACCAAGAAGGAGAAGAUACAGAGAAGGAAAUAAAGCAGGAGCCAGGCGAGGAGAAGAAGGAACAACAACUAGAUGCGGAGAAUACUGUCUUGGAUUACAAGGAGGGAGAUGAUCUGUCCAAUGUCACCGAGGACAUGUUCCCUGCUUACAGCACGGAGCGCGGAGUCGGAUCCUCAUUCCUCUCGGACUUCCGCUGCGUCCAGUGUUCCCUCUGCCGGAAACUGCUGGACUCCGACGAGACUGCAGCCGUCCACCUCCGCACCUGGAGACACCACCAGCUGUUCCUGCGGCUGCUCACUGACAAGUGUAACGCUAACAAGCAACAAGAAGAUCAUGAGCCGGAGCCAGAAGCUGCUCAAGAUGGCAACAAGCGAGCCAUGAACAGUGAGGAGAACGGAAACUGGAAGAGACGCAAGACCACCACAGAUGAUGACCACAAUUUGGAAGACUUGGAGGAUAUACACAUGAAAGAGGAGCCGCGCAGUGAGGUAGAGGCAGACGUGGAGAUGGAGGGGGAGCCCGGGCCUGACGAUUUAGAGGAUUGGGCUGACCACGGGGAUGAUGAACAGGAGCAUGUUGAGAAUGGAUCGGAACAAAAAGCAGCGCAGCCGGUGGAGAAGGAGCCGUCUCCCGCCCCGGAGCCGGAACCGGAACCGGAACCGGAGCAGCGUCCGGAGCCGGAGGCGCGGCCGGCCGCGCGGUCGCCGCGCACGCGCGCACGCGGGCGAGGGCGCGGGCGCGGCCGGCCCCGGUACUAGGCAGACAGAAUAUUCAUAAAGUUACUUCGCGCCGGCUCUACACUAUCCGCGAAUAAUUCGCUAGACUUUAGCGGCUUCGGCAUACGUUAGUGAUUUUUCAUUGCAAAUAAAAGCAUACACACUACGCAAUGUUCAUGCGUUCUCAUAGGCAUCUCUCCUAGUUCGAAGAUAGUGUGGAGCCGGCAUCGAACCUAUACAUAUAUACCUUCGAAUUUUUCGUGUUUUCCUAUUGAAUCACAUCAAGAUUCGUAUCGCUGUUUCUGAAUGAAAAUAAAUAUAUGUUACUCGAGUUUAAAAUUUUAAUGAGGUGAAAAAAUUCUGGACGUGAGCGAGAAUCGAACCCGCAACAAAGCACACUGGCACAGGAAUUAACGAAGCUCUUGCAAUAGAGACUUAUUAGCUAAAUUUAAAAUGACAAUGUUUCAUGUCAUUUUAAAUUUAGCUAAUAAUAACAUGUAUAUAUAACAAAUAAUAUAAAUAGAAAAACUCUAGAUGAAACACUUAUGGCUCUGAAUUGAAAAUCUUGGUGUCACUCCAUAGGAACAAUUUUUUUAUUUCUAUUACCGAAUAUGUUCCAUUGUAGUCCCAAAUACUAGGCGAACAGAAACUGAUUAUACUAUAGAAUUAAGUAAAACGUCAGAUUUACUAUAGUUUUCAAAUAAGAAUAGGAUUGUUGAAAUUUCAUUUACCUGUAAUAAUGAACAUAAAUAUGAUUGGAAGUUAGUGUAUCCAAUUACAUUUUGGAAAUUUGCAUUAGCAAGAGAUAUUGUCAGGGAUAUUUGGUCCGGCAGAUGCAGCGCUACAAUUGUUGAUAAUAUUUUUUCUGAUAGUAAAUAGGUUUACUGAAUAAUUCCAUGUGUGAUUAGAAUUUGAAUUAAACUUUGUAAUUUGUAACUAAAAAAUCAACCUAUUUGUUUUUUAUAAAAUAGCGUAGUAAAUAUAUAUAGUAUAGUAAUUAGCCUAGGAUUUUCAAAAUGAUAUUUAUAAGGUUGUUUCUUAAACUUUGAAAAGCAACUUUAGGGGUAAUAAUUAAAAAGAAAAUGAUGUCAUAGGAAUAUUUUUAGGUUUAUCGACAAAUAGCAUUAUCAUUUAUUUCAAUUAAAAUUGUAUGAGUUCUAGAAAAUUGGUCUAGAAAUAUUAUUAUUUCCAUAGAUUCUUGUUAUUUCUCUACAGAGUAGUGAAGUAUUGCUUGUCACAAUGUAUAAUCAUCAAUAAAGCCUAUUUCAUUUCAUAA